UCCGUUGCGCUCGAAGCAGAGGAAGAGAAGGGAGCGCCAUGGAGAUCAGCGCGUCAAAGACCAUGAAGGACGUCUCUCCCCACGAAUUCGUCAAGGCGUACUCAGCCCAUUUGAAGAGAUCGGGCAAGAUGGAACUUCCCGAAUGGACAGACAUCGUGAAGACUGGAAGGUUCAAGGAACUUGCUCCUUAUGACCCUGAUUGGUACUAUAUCAGAGCUGCCUCAAUGGCACGGAAGAUAUAUCUGAGCCAGGGAAUUGGAGUUGAUGGUUUUCAGAAAAUCUAUGGGGGGCGCAAGAGGAACGGAAGCCUUCCACCACAUUUCUGUAAGAGCAGUGGGGCGAUUGCUCGUCACAUUUUGCAACAAUUGGAGACGAUGAAUAUCAUUGAAAUCAACCCUAAAGGUGGAAGGAAGAUUAGUUCUCAAGGGCAGAGGGACCUUGAUCAAGUAGCUGGACGUGUUCUGACGACUCGAAUAUCUUUGGGCCCAUUUUUAUCAGCAUGGAGAUGCGAGUUAGACGUGUUUUGGCCAAUUGUCUUCUAAUUUCGAGCUUCACUAAACAAUGAACGUAAAAAAUUGGCAGAUAAUGGAUAUCUUAUGCCAUGCUAGGACUGAUA